GGGCUGCAUCCGGGGCUCCGGCCUCAACCUCUGGAGGCACCAUGGAGGCCAGGAGUAGGAGCCCCCAGGAGCUCAGGAAGGCCGAGCUGGUGGAGAUCAUCGUGGAGACCGAGGCUGAGACGGGGGUCAGCGGCAUCAACGUGGCAGGAGGGGGCAAGGAGGGGAUCUUCAUCAAGGAGCUGCUCAAAGACUCCCCGGCCGCCAAGACCCUCAGUUUGCAGGAAGGGGACCAGCUGCUCAGUGCCCGGGUCUUUUUUGACAACUUCAAGUACGAAGAUGCCCUGCGGCUCCUGCAGUGUGCAGAACCCUACAAGGUCUCCUUCUGCCUCAAGAGGACGGUGCCCACCGGGGACCUGGCACUGCGCCCGGGCACCGCAGCCGGCUACGAGGUCAAGGGCCCGCGGGCCAAGGUGGCCAAGCUGAACAUCCAGAGCCUGUCCCCAGUGAAGAAGAAGAAGGUCCUAGCUGUGUCUGGGGCCCCGGGAAUCCCCUCAGACCUGGUCCCCGUUGACGUUGAAUUCUCCUUCCCCAAGUUUUCGAGGCUGCGACGGGCAAAGGCCGAGGUGGCCCCAGGGCCCGCGCUGGCCGCCCCCACCCACCGACGUCUGCGUCUCCCCCGGCUGAGGGUGAGGGAGGUGGCGGGCCCCGUUCCUCCAGCCGAGCCGGCCGCCCAGGCCUUUCACCUGGCCGCCAUCCCCUUCCUUGGGAGCAGGAAGGCCAGGGAGGAGGGUGCCCUGGCUGGGGAGGAGCCAUCUCUGGGAGCGCGCUUUGGGGCCCCUCAGCUAGAGCUGGUGGGGCCCCAGAGGGCAGGUACUGAGGCGGCAGCUGCAGUUCCAGAGCCUCCGGGCGCCGGGUUUAGCCUCCACCUCCCCACGUUCGGCCUCUCGGCCCCAGCAGCCCCUGUGCCUGAGGUGGCCCCGGGGGGCCUCCAGGUACCCCAGGUCGAGCUGCCUCCCCUCGCUAAGCUACCGUGCCUAGAGGCCAGAGAAGGCAUCGCCGUGGCAGCCCCCGCCCUCGAUGUGUCUGUGCCCUCCAUGGAGGUGGACCUGGCCCUGCCCGGGGCCCCGGCUGAAGUCCGGGAAGAAGGGCCUGAGGUGGCCUCGAAGGUGCCCUGGCUCACCUUUCCCCGCUUCGGCGCUCGGGGGAAGGAAGGGGUGGGGCUGGAGGGUGAGGGGAAGGCCGCCAAAGGAGUGAGGGCCAGUCCUGAGGCCAGGGCCAAGGGGCCCAAGCUGCGCAUGCCCACUUUUGGGCUCUCCCUGCUGGAGUCCCGGCCGGUUGCACCCGAGCCCCCCACCGAAGGCAAGCUCAAACUGCCCACCAUCAAGAUGCCCUCUUUUGGCAUUGGGGUGUCCGGGCCCGAAGCAAAGCUGCCCAAAGCCCCAGAGGGGAAGCUGCCCAAAGUUCCUGAGGUGAAACUGCCCAAGGCCCCAGAGGUGAAGCUGCCCAAAGGGCCCGAAGUCUCCAUCCCAGAGGUGCGCCUCCCAGAGGUGCAGCUCCCAAAGGUGCCCGAGAUGAAGAUGCCCAAGGGGCCUGAAGUGUCCAUCCCAGAAGUGCACCUUCCAGAAGUGCAGCUCCCCAAAGUGCCCGAGAUGAAGCUGCCCAAGGUCCCAGACAUGUCCAUCCCAGAUGUGCACCUUCCAGAUGUGCAGCUGCCCAAAGUGCCUGAGAUGCAGAUGCCCAAGAUGCCUGAGAUGCACCUCCCUAAGAUGCCCGAGAUGAAGAUGCCCAAGGUCCCGGACAUGUCCAUCCCAGAUGUGCAUCUUCCAGAUGUGCAGCUCCCCAAAGUGCCCGAGAUGAAGCUGCCCAAGGUCCCGGACGUGUCCAUCCCAGAUGUGCACCUUCCAGAUGUGCAGCUGCCCAAAGUGCCUGAGAUGCAGAUGCCCAAGAUGCCCGAGAUGCACCUCCCUAAGAUGCCCGAGAUGAAGAUGCCCAAAGUCCCAGAGAUGUCUAUCCCAGAUGUGCACCUUCCAGAUGUGCAACUCCCAAAGGUACCCGAGAUGCAGAUGCCCAAGAUGCCUGAGAUGCACCUCCCUAAAAUGCCCGAGAUGAAGAUGCCCAAAGUCCCGGACAUGUCUAUCCCAGAUGUGCACCUUCCAGAUGUGCAGCUCCCAAAGGUGCCCGAGAUGCAGAUGCCCAAGAUGCCCGAGAUGCACCUCCCUAAGAUGCCCGAGAUGAAGAUGCCCAAAGUCCCAGACAUGUCUAUCCCAGAUGUGCACCUUCCAGAUGUGCAGCUGCCCAAAGUGCCUGAGAUGCAGAUGCCCAAGAUGCCUGAGAUGAAGGUGCCCAAAGCCCCAGAUGUGCGGCUUUCCCAAGAGCCCAUGGCCACCCGUGGGGCAGAGCGGGCAGAGGGCCUGGACUUCGGCUUCAAGUUGCCCAAGAUGUCCAUACCCAAGUUGGGACGGGUGGGAUCUCCCCCCCGGGCCAAGGUUGGGGUGGUGAGCCCCGAGGUCGCAGGGCGCAGGGAGCCGUCGCCCAGCCUCGAGCCGGCCGCCAAGGGGUCCGAGGCCCGGCUUGGCUUCCCAUCUGUUACGCUGCCCUCGGUGGAGCUGGAGCUGCCUGGGGCUGGGCUCCAGGGGCCCCUUAGAGUUGAGGCAGCACCCCCGAAGGGAGCCGCCCCCGCCCCCAAGCCUCCCGCAGAGCUUUCUGGGGUCUCUCUCGGUGCGGCAGAGGUGGGGGAGGCUGGGUUCAAGAUGCCCAGCCUGGUGCUGCCGGCUGUUGAGAUAGCCGCCCCCAAACUUCCCGAAGGAGAGGCAGAGGGAAAGCUGGAAGUGGCCGAGCCCAAACUCAAGUCGCCCAAGUUUUCCCUGCCCAAGUUUGGGCUUUCGGCCCCCAAGGUGGGAAGGGGGGAAGGUGACGGCGAAGGGGGCGUCCGCGGGGCCAAACCGAAGACGUCCAAGUUCGGCAUCAGCUUCCCCAAGGUCCGGACUGGUGUCGAGGCGGAGCCCAGGGGAUCUGGGGAGGCCCCUCUGCUGUCGGCCCUGGGGGUCACCGUCCCCCAGCUCAGCCUGGACGUCCAGCUGCCCACAAGCAAGGUGGAAGUGCCCAGCGAGCUGCCCGACGUCAAACUCAGAGGCCCCAAGUUUGCACUGCCCAAGUUCGGGGCCAAGGGCAGGGAUGUGGAAGCUGGAGAGAUGGUGCCGGGGGAGGGGGAAGCAGAAAGCAAAGGCCGGGGGUGGGAGCCUAAGGUGAAGAUGCCCAAGUUUAAGAUGCCCUCGUUCGGGUUGGCGCGGGGAAGGGAGGUGGAGGAUGGGGACCAGGGCGGCCCUGAGGAGAAAUUACCCGUGGGGCACGCUGCCUUGAAAAUACCCCAAGUGGAGCUGCCUACGUUGGUGACCCAGGGAGAGGGAGGGGAGGUGGAGAUGGCAGGAGGAGAGGUCAAGCUGCCGGUCUUUCGGAUCUCGGUGCCCGGGCCGGUGAGGGGGGCAGAGCAGGUGGGCACGGGGGUCUCUGAGAAGGAUGUCAGGAGUCACAAGGGAGAGGUGGCGGUGUCCACACUGGGGAUCGCAGUGCCCCAGGUGGAGCUGACUGGUUUUGGGGGGGUUGUUGGUGAGGGGGCAGGGGCUGAAGUCCGAGCUUCCCAGAAGCAGCACGAGGGGGGGGCUGCAGCAGCAGAGGGAGGUGUGGGUGGCGGGGGCUUCCGGGUACAGCUGCCCCAGGUGGACCUUUCUCUCCCCGGCGCCCAACUAGAGGGAGGGGAGAUGCUUGUGGGAGAGGGAGUGUUCAGGAUGCCCGGCGUGGCCGUGCCCCAGCUCGAGCUGGACGUGGGGCUCGGGCACAAGACGGAGGGGACCAAGGACGGCCCUGUGGCCGGAGAGGGGUGGGCGGCGGCCGAAGGCGUGGGAGAGGGGAGAUUCCGGCUGAAGAUACCCACCUUCAAAGCCAGCGGGGAGGGAGAUGGGCAGCCUGUGGGCCCCUCCGGAGCAGCCCCCGACCACCCCUUCCACCUGUCCCUUCCAGACGUGGGCUUCACCGUGGAGCCAGGGGCUGUCCAGGCAGGCACCCCCCCGGAGGGGGGCAAGCUCCGCUCCUGGAUGCCCGAGGUGGAGCUCUCCCCGCCGCCCAUGGGCAGCCACGCCGAGUACCAGGUGGCUGGGGACGGGCUGGAAGGCGAGGCCGGGCGCAGGCCCAAAAUCAAACUGCCUCGGUUUGGGCUCUUGCUGGGGAGGGAAGAGGGUGAGGACGGGGAGAAGGCCAAAGGGAAGAAACCAGCAAAGAGGGCGGGCAAGGACGGCGAGGGGGCGACCAAAGUCUCCCCAGGAGCAGGGAAAUCUGGUCUCCUGUUGUCUUGGGGCGGUUCUGGAGAAGGGGGUGGGGAGGCCGGCGGCAGGGUCCGGAGCCCCAAGCUAAGACUGCCUAAAGUGGGCUUCGCCAAGGGGGACGCCCCCAGCUCCAACGGGAGCGGCUCCCCGGGCGAGGAGGCGGGGGCCGCCGUGGCCCUGCACAACGGUGCCUCCAUGGGCCGCCUGGCCCGUGUGGGCCUGCCCCAAGUGGAACUUGCCUCCCCGUACAAAGGCCCAGAGCAGGAGCCCGAGUUCAGCCGCAGCCCCGUGGGGGUGGAUAUCGGCCCCUUUGCUGCCUUGCGGCCCGCUCGGUUCCGCUCGCCCUUCUCUGGCCGCUCCAAGGAGGAGGGGGAGCCUGGGGGGCCUGAGGGAUCCCAGAGGUCCCCCGGGGACAAGUCCCCCAAAUUCCACUUCCCUAAGGUGUCACUGAGCACGGGGGUGGCCAAGGGAGCCCCAGGUGAGGAGGAGGAGGGGACGUUCAGGGUCCGGUUGCCUAAAGUGGGCUUCUCCGAGUCGGAAACUGGCGGCGAGCCAGCCCUCCCGGGCGCGGCCAAGGCCGAGGGGGCCCCGACGGCCGCUGUCUAGUUCCUCUGGGGGAGGCAGCGGCGGCUUCCCUGCCCAGCCCCACGAUCCCGCGUGUUAAGAGCCUACUAGCAUUAACCCUAUGAGGCCUGAGAGCGGGGGCGGCCCAGGUGCCACCAGCUCCCGCCCAGGCUGCGCGCUUCCCGGGGAAGAGAUCUGUGCACUGGCCAAGAGCCGGCCGGUAUCAAUAAAGUAACCCCAAGUCCGCUA